UGAUCACCAUGUGAGUGAACUCGACUGAGCUUUCUUCAGAAAGCAUGGAGAUGAUGGGAAUUAGGAAGAUGGUGGUGAUGGUGAUUCUGAUGGUUGCUUUGUUUGAAGGGUCGUCGAGGGCUGUCACCUUGUGCAACAUGGACGAUGAUGGCCUCGCGGCUUGCAAGCCGUCGGUGACUCAGCCGACGCCGGCCGAGCCGACGCCAGAGUGUUGCAAGGCUCUUGCUAGUGCUGAUCUGACAUGCCUCUGUUCGUAUAAGAACUCUCUGGUGUUGCCUGCUCUUGGGAUUGAUCCUAAGCUUGCCAUGGAACUGCCAGCCAAGUGCAACCUCACCCCUCCUUCCGAUUGCUAAGGUUUUUGAAGGUAUCUGCGCUGCAUUGAUGGGGUGGUCAUUGGUGACAAUUGUAAUUCUAGGGCUUCAAAUCAUUGGCCAAGUCUAUUUGAUAUUUACUAGCUUGAGUUGAAUUUGAAUGUACUUUGAAUAAGUAAUUUGGAAUAUGCCCUGUUUAAAUUGUUUCGUAAAAUCUUAAAAUGUUUUGUGUAAUAUAUAGAAUCAUCUUUGUUGAAAAUAAACAUGUUUAAUCGAGCAUUCUG